AUGGCUCUCCGCGGUUGGUCCCACCUGGCGGCGCGGAGCCGAGUCUCAGGCGGGCUGGGUGCGGGCCGGGCUGUCGGCGGGCUGGAGCUCCACGGUGGCGGGCGCGGGAGCCGGGGUGCGGGCGCGAGGAGCCGAGGAGAAGGCGGUGGAGAUGCGGGUGCUCAGCCCCCUCACCAGCCCCCGCAGCAGGCUGUCCCCGCGGCCCUUGGGCGGGCCCAGCCCCACGUCGUCGCGCAGCUCGGCGGGCGGCACCUCCAGGUUGCCCGCGUACCAGAACACCCACCAGAUGAGGCUGAGGAAGAUGCCGAUGCCGCCCGCGUAAAUGAGCAGGUCCGAGAAGAAAAGGUCGGCGAAGACCCCGGUCAGCAGCACGACCAGGCCCAGCGCGUCGAAAGCCAGCGCCAGCCAGAAGGCGGCCACGCAGCGGCCCAGCCCGCCGGGAGCGGCCAUGGCGAGGGGACUAGGAACAGCCCGGGCGGGCGGGCGCGGCCAGGCACACCGCUGAGUGAGGACACGCCCCCCCACACACCUGAGGACAAAAAUCCCCAGGUGCACACGGGAAUACAAUGGUCUCCGACGGUUACUAUGGAAGAAUAUGGUUCUGUACACUUCAUUGACAGAUGGGUAAAUACACAGUUGGAAACAAUACAAAAGGCUACGAUCUCAUAAGUUUUGCACCAUUAACAGUUCAUUAACCAUUAUGAAAAACUAUAGGAAAGCAAGAUGGCCUUUUAUAGUAAAAGAUGAGUAUUCUUCAUAAUGUUGCACUACUGAAGUAGUACUAAUGUUUUUAUGAUUCAGAACAUGUUUGUUGAACUAAAAUGCAUUGUAAUAGAUGCAAAUCAAUUUGCGAUCUUAAACACAAAGUAUCUGCAGAGCAUUAAAAUGACAUCCUCAAAAUUUAAGCCCCUAGUCCCACAGGUAUUGAUUCUAUUAGAUCUUCUAAG